AUGUCUGUGUUGACUUUCCACCAAUACUAAACUAAACUAUGAAAUGGUCAUUCUCCAUCCAACAUAUAUAAAACCAAUUCAAUAGUGACGUUACGUUAUUCAAUUAACAAAUAUUGUCACGUCGUUGCCAAUGGAAAGUUUCACCUCAAAACUCCUAUGCUAACUUCUUCUUUAAUCUUAUUAUCUACACAUAAAUUAAUUGAUAGAGUCUACAAACGAAAACCAGUUUAAUCAUAUUUUUAUUUUUAGUCUCAAAACCAAUACAUAACUCUAUGCAAACCAUGGUUAACUCCAUAGGAACUUUAUCUAUCACCUAAUCUUCGCUAUGGUUAAGCCAUAAAAAUAAAAAGACUUGUGAUUUUCUUUGGCAUCUUUCUGCUAGAGAUUUUCUAAGGUGUUAAACACUAAAAAACCAACAUCUUUUAUUUCUGCUAAGUGGUCUAGAUUGAAGAAGACAAAUAUUACCAUGGGAACAAACAGAGAAGAGCCGGGACGAUUCGAGACAAUAUAUCAGGAAAUGGUAGAAGAUGAAGUUAAGGCCACUCAUAAGCUUCCUGCUGGACCUAUGCACAAAUUGAUAGCAGAGAAUACCAAGUCAAACAGUUUGGUCAUGAAGAAACCAAACUUGGUGAUUCCUGCUCAUAUCAUAGCGGAAGCGAUAUCAACAAUCCGCGACAUCGACCUAAGAUGGUCAGGUCCAAUCACGCAGAAAGAAAUGGAAUAUGUGGAGCAAUAUGUCUUAGCAAAGUAUCCAGAAUAUGCAAAUCUCAUUGAAGGAGAUGGAAGUGGAAUAGACAUGUCAAGUUUCAUCAUCAAUGAGGAGCCUUCGGAAUUACCAAUGUCAGAUGCUCUAAGAAAAUCACCAAGAUCGCCUUCUUUCGGAAGCAACCUACCUGAAAUGGAUAGAACACAGCUGGAACCAUCAAGACUACUUGAUGUUAUCAAUAAAAAAUCCUCCUUUCCUGGAAGUUUCAUCUCGAUCCCGGAAAUUCAAGCUCAAAACAAGGUUUUGAAGCAUUGCGGCUUACCAGACGACGAAUACUUGGUUCUUUUUACUCCGAGUUACAAAGAUGCUAUGAUGUUGGUCGGAGAAAGUUACCCUUUUGUUAAGGGAAACUACUACAUGACUAUUCUUGGUGAAGAACAAGAGGAUUAUAUAAAAGAAUUUGCUUCUUUUAAAGAGUCUAGGGCUCUGAUAGCACCAAAGACAUGGCUUGAUUUGAGGAUUAGAGGGUCUCAGUUAAGUCAAAAUUUUAGGAGGAAAUGUAAGAUUAGUCCAAAAGGGCUAUUUGCUUAUGUAGCAGAUGUGAAUGGAACAAUGCAUUGGGUUUCUGAGGCUCAUAGGAACUAUUGGCAUGUUUUGCUUGAUGCAUCUGAAAUGGUUGUGGGAAAAGAUAGGUUACAUGUUGGACUUCAUAGGCCUGAUUUCUUAGUAUGUUCUCUUGAUAACACAAACUCCAAUCCUUCAAAAAUCACUUGUCUUUUGGUUAGAAAGAAAAGUUUUGACACAUCCAAUACUUCAUCUUAGGCUCAAUGUUGAAUGAGGAUAGUACUUGUUUCAGAUUGUUGGACAAUAUUUGAACUACAUAGUAAUUGGUGAUGUUCCUUGUGUAAUUUGUUGUAGAUUGAAUAAAAUGUUUUUGACAAAAAUAUAUAGAGAAAAAACAUUAAUUAUUGGCUUGGAUUCA